AUGAAAAAGCUCGUGAGCCACAACUCCAAGCAGUCCAACAUCAUCGACUACAAAGGAGACGUCUUCAUCAAAAAUGAGCGGCAACUGGUGUUUGAAAAAUUGGACAUCAGCCUAGCUCCAGAAAUCAUCCUGGGCCUGCCGUAUUCUGAGGCCAUCGACAUUUGGUCAUUAGGCUGCGUGAUGGUGAGGAUGAUGACUUCAGAUUGUCUCUUCGGAACAGACUCCGAAUACUGGACAAGACCUACAGAGUGUUUUGGGACCCAUUUUGACGACGCAGUUUACCAGUUCAGCUCUCUGGAUGAAAUCGAAACGGUGUGCUCUGAGACGGACAACCUAGCAGAGGCUGAUGAGAGAAAGGAGUGCAUCGAGCUCCUGAAGGCGAUGCUUCAAUGGGACGAGAAGGACCGAAUCACCCCCAGUGGUAUCCUGAAGCAUCCCUUUAUCACGAGAAGCUACCUCAGCAGCAACUCCCCCACCAGCAGUUGCGAUGAACCGAGACCCUCCACCAGCCUGUCCAUCACGGUUAAGCCUGCAGAUCCAGAGAACAGAAUCAACCUGACAGGCUUGCCUGAUGAGAAAAGUGACCUGAAGAGCAGUGAACAUGAGGACAGUGACACUGCUAAAGACAUUGAGAACAGCAAGGACAGUGACAAUGAUGAAGACACUCAAGUCAAUAAGAAGGAGCAGACAAAGACAAAGAAGAAGAACUGCUUCCAGCGCAUCUUCUCCUGGAGAAAGAAGACGUUCUGCUGCUGCUGCUGUGUCCAAGUUUAAGGAUGUGAUGAACUGAGCAGCACUAAUGGACUGGAACCACAU